UAAUAAUAACACCCGGAAGUUUAAAUAGCGUUGACUUCUGACAAAUAUUUCAACUUCAGCUUACAAAGCUAGAGGAAACACAAGAACAAAAAUCAUGAACCAAAUGUCUCAACCGUUUGCAUGGAAACGAUAUUUACGAAGUUGCGAUGCUCUUGGAUAUGAACCAGAUCCUUCUGUAGAACCAAUACUACUUAACAGAUAUAAAACUUUAUAUCAACAGUACUGCCAUGAUAAUGAUAUUGAAAAUAGUCCAUAUACAGAUCUUAAUGACAAGGUUCCUGAAGAAAAGGUAGCCCAACUUCUGUUCUUAGAUCUUUGCGAAGAACUUGGUUAUAAGUCAAUAAUAAAUAUAAGACGCAACCUUUCAGAUUUAAAACAUCAUAUUUAUCAUAAACUUAAACCAAAGAAACCUGAGUUUAUAUAUGAUCUUGGAAGUAGGGCAGAAGGUUUGAGGAUAUCAACGUCUGAUAAUGAUCAAAUGGUAGUUUGUGCAAGCAGCAUAAUUGUAAAUGAUAUAAGUGAAAUAUUGUAUCUAAAUCCAGGCGCCGGAAAAGUCAUAUUAAUUAUGGAAAAUACUACAGUAAAACCUGGAUACGUUCGUUUACAAGUCAAAGAUGGAAGAUCUGGUGAGAAACGAUUUACGAACUGUUACUCUACUUAUGAAGGAACCACUUAUCUUUCAAGCUCAAAAUAUCGUGAAUUUAUUUUACCAACACUUGGAAAACAUGUCGUUAUACAUGGCCCGUGUACUACCAUCAGGCACGGACAUAGAGAUUCAGACACUGCGUAUUGUAUUAGAUGUACUGUUCUACCUAUAGAAUGUAUCGACUGGAAUCAAAGAUGUAAAAAGUUUUCCUGGCCCUCAAAAGAUCUGAUUGAAGAGUGCAUUGCACAAGGUUGUCAGCUUGCCCCAGUUGGUAGUAAAAACUCUUCAUGUGAACACUUAGAAUGGAGAAUAUCAUUUAUCUUAAUGGAAAAGAAACUUUUAUUUUCAUUGAAUCAUUGUCAAUUUUUAUGUUAUGGGAUGCUCAAAAUAUAUCUUAAUGAAAUAUUGAAUAAGUACGAAGGUAUGAAGGAUUUAGUUUCAUCUUAUAUUAUGAAAACAUCUCUAUUCUGGGAAGUUCAGUCAAGUUAUAAUAAUCCAUGGCAUUUUGAUACGUUGUUACAGUCUUUUGGGAGAUGUGUUAAAAGAAUAUACAAGUGGGUACAGACAGAAAACUGUCCAAAUUUCUUCAUUCCACAGAAUAAUAUGUUUGAAAACAGAAUAUACGGAUGCAAAAAACAACAGUUACAAACUUUACUGGAAACACUGCUAGGGGAAAAGUUUUAUGGAUUGUACAGAUGUCAGUCGAUAGACCUUCCGUAUUUGGUUUUCCAAGUAUUGAUUAAUGAUCUCCAAGAAAUACACGUGUCGUUAAAAGAGGAUGACUACAUUUCAAAUGAAGAUAUAGAAAUACACACUUGGCACGAAAUUAAUGCGCAGUUAAACUCGUUCCUGUUUCAACAAAUCUUUAAAGAGGAUUUGCAAAAUCUUCUUAGUGUAUUACAAUCAGUGAAAGAAAAGGAACCUUUGUCACUUUUAAAAUACACUGCAGUGAAAGCUUGGAUCAGUGAAGUCAUAGUAUAUAUAAAUUCUCACAAGUUUAAAGAACUAAAAAGUCCAGAACUUGGGACAGCAAAGAGUUGUGAUAUUUUUAAAACAUGCAGUGAUGUGUUUCUCAUACAUGAUCAUCCAGGUAGUGUUGCAUUGUUGUAUCUGGCUACAAUGAUGUAUAUUACAGGGCAAUACAAAUCUUGUUUAGAAGUUAUCAUCAAGAGCAACAAACGUUUAAAAGAAGGAUAUUUACAGGUUAUUUUCUUUUCAACAAUCUUACAGAUACAAGAAUUGCGAUUAGAACUAGAGACAACUUUCAUGACCGAAUCACUUGGAGUCGAUAAUACUUACCUGUAUAUCGAUCCUAGUCUCUAUGCAUCGAUGUUAUCGGUGUUGUGUCAUCAUCGUCUUUUUGAUACAGCUGGCACCGAAUUUGAAUUUCAACUAUUACAGGAAAUCAGGUCUGACAUGCCAUUUUUAAAAGUUCUUUCGUUUCAAGAAAUAUCAUGGCAAAUUGUGGGCAUUUGUGCUGAGAUUAUAGGGAAAUAUGAUGAAGCUUAUAGAUGUUAUUUGAAAGCAUAUAAAUCAACAAGAUUCUUUCUUACUGACAAAUCAAUUGUGAUAAGGAUCAUAUGUUUGAUUCAGAAAUUAUUAAAAAUAAACAAACACUUUUAAUAAUACCAUUAAAACUGUUCCAAUGCUAUUUUUAAUAACAUUUAUUUUCACACUUCAUAUAAACCAUAAGGAAACGCAAAGAAAAGAACUCACCAAAGUGCAAUUAAAGAAUAACAGCGAAACGAUUCUACAAACUGUGCUGCGCUUUUCAAUUUGAGUUGAAUCGAUGACAUACGGAAAAAAGAAAACACGUAACAAUUAGCAUAAUAGAUGAUAGCUUAAAUGAAUGUGUACGAUUUCAUAAAAGAUUUUCAAACUUUCAACCACGUAACUUCCGAUCGGAGGAGUCAUGUGUCAGAGUUCAAAAAGAGCUUACAAAUGUAAAUUUGAAAUUAUUUUCACAGAUAUGAAAAAGAUAUGUUGCAAAGUUUCCUUGCACUUUUAAACGACUUUCCGCUGUUUGGCGCCACCUUAUUAGUUUAACCACGCCAUAUUCUGUAUGUGCUUGUCCCAAGUGAGGAGCUUGAAAUUCAGUUGUUGUUGUUUGUUACAGUAUAUAUGUUUUGUUUUUCAUUCAUUGUAAUUUGUAAAUAAACAAGGCCGUUAGUUUUUC